AUGUCCACCAGCAUCAUAUCGAGUGCGCAUCAGCCGGACAUAUUGACAGCACCAUGCAUCCGACUCGCGUCGAAGCCGCAACUGACCGAGGCAAUCAGUAUAGAGGAUGAUUGGACUGGAACAAAGGAUGCUGCAGCACGCAGACGGGCACAGACUAGACUCAAUACAAGGGCAUACCGCAAACGCAAGGCUUUAGCAAAGCAGAAUGAAUCACAGAGUAUCGUGACAAGGAAACCGAUCAAAUCAGAGGCCCUCGUCCAGUGCUGGGACAUUAACCAACAAUCAAUCUCUAUCGUCCCAGCAUCCCGUGUCAAACGAGCAUAUGAUGCGGAAAGUCCCUUGUUCCCCAAGGUGGAAGCGAGAAGAAGGGGGCAGUUUGACAUAAUAUUUCCGCUGUCAUCAGAUCAUCUCAUCAUACUCCUCCAAUACAACACGCUUCGUGCCAUGGUCGUGAACCGCACUCUCAUCUCAGGCAUCCUCGCCACUCCGCUUGCCUGUGACGAAGAGAGGAUUCACGUGCUACCGUAUCCAACUAAUCCAGAAGGCAUCCCCGCGACACUCUUGCCGACAACUCUGCAACAGACUGUGCCUCACGGCGAUUGGAUCGAUACGUUUCCCUCUCCCGUGGGGCGCGACCGCUUGAUCCGGGCCGCCGGCACCUUUGACGAAGACGAACUGUGGGCCGACUCGGUCGGUGGGCUAUUUGAUGGGUUCCCCGACGACGACGUUGAGCGGCGCGGCAUCAUUGCGUGGUCGCCUCCUUGGGAUAUGUCGGGCUGGGAGGUGUCCGAGGGGGCACUGCGGAAGUGGAGGUGGUUAUUCGACGGCUUGCCAGGGGCGCUCGAGGCGACGAAUCGAUGGCGCAAGGAGAGACGCGAAGAGCCGUUUGUGUACGAGGACUAA